GGCAUUCCUCAGAGGGGACAUGCACACUGAUCAUCAGGGCACUGAUGAUCAGUGUGCCCUGAUGAUCAGUGUAGCCCCAGCAGUGCCACCUGUCAGUGUCCAUCAAUGCCAACUGUCAGUGCCUACCAGUGCACAUCAAUGCCACAUAUCAGUGCCUACCAGUGCACAUCAAUGCCACAUAUCAGUGUCCCUAUCAGUGCCAGUCAGUGCCACCUAUCAAUGCCAGUCAGUGCCACCUAUCAGUACUGCCAAUCAGUUGCACCUUUCAGUGCCAGUCAGUGCCGCCUUUCAGUGCCAGUCAGUGUAGCCU